CUCCUCUCUUCUCUCGGCGUCAGAUCGCGUCUGCGUGGACUUCCUCCGGCGUCUCUGCUCGCUCCUGUAGUUGUGACGUCACGUACGUUAUGGACCCGUUUGGUCGUUUUUGUCACCGCGUAAAAGUCGGGCGCUGUCACGCACGGGAAUAACGCACGCGUGUGGAGGAACUUUCUGGAAGCAAAGGUGACUUCCUCUCUGUGUGACAUCAUCGCAUCAUGCCUGAGGGCUCACGUCGCAGGUCUUCCAGAUCAUCCAGCAACGCAGGUGCCAAGCGUCCGUCCUCGGCUUCAUCGCUGAGCGGGAUGGUGGGUCGGAUGAUGUCGCCGGGCGAGCGGGGGGCCUCGUGCACUUCGGUGGACACGGUGUGCUCGGAGCGCCGCCGUCCCGCCUCCCUGUCGCUGUCGUCUUCGGCUUCGUCGGCGUCCCUCCAGGACGCCUCGCGCUCCUCCUCGUCCUCUUCGUCGUCGUCCUCGCUGCCCUACGGCGCCGUGCCCGCCUACGGAGCCGCCGCUCCAGAGGAGAACGGUGCCGACAUCCGCCUGGAUCUCACACCGCUGGCGGGAGGCCCCCCGCCCAAGCGGCUGUCGCGGAUGGAGCGUGUGGUGAUGGAGAUCGUGGAGACGGAGCAAGCCUACGUCAGGGACCUCAAAAGCAUCGUGGAGGACUACCUGGGCUGUAUCAUUGACUGUGGCGAUCUUCCGCUCAACCCGGAGCAGGUCAGCAGUCUCUUCUGCAACAUCGAGGACAUCUACGAGUUCAACAGUGAACUGCUGGAGGAUUUAGAGAGAAGUCAGCACGCCGCCGCCAUCGCAGACUGCUUUGUGGAAAGGAGCGAAGCGUUCGACAUCUACACGCUGUACUGCAUGAACUACCCCAAUUCCGUGUCAGUCCUGAGGGAGUGCAUGAAGGACGAGACUCUGGUGCGAUUUUUCCAUGAGAGGCAGACCACCCUCAACCAUUCCUUACCUUUGGAGACAUACCUCCUGAAACCUGUUCAGCGCAUACUCAAGUAUCACCUCUUACUUCAGGAACUGUCCAAGCAUUUGGACAAGAGUGACCCAGGCUACGAGGUGGUGGAGGACGCCAUCAUCACCAUGACGGCGGUGGCCUGGUACAUCAACGACAUGAAGAGGAAGCAGGAGCACGCUGUCCGCUUGCAGGAAAUCGAGUCUCUGCUGGUGAACUGGAGUGGUCCCGACCUGAGCGGCUUCGGAGAGCUGGUUCUUGAAGGUUCCUUCAAGGUCCACCGGGUGAAGAAAGAACGCGCCUUCUUCCUGUUCGACAAGAUGCUCCUAAUCGCCAAGAAGCGUGUGGAGAACUUUGUGUACAGCACGCACAUUUUUUGCUGCAAUCUCCUGCUGGUGGACAUCUUGAAGGACCCUCUGUGUUUCCGGGUGUCUGACCUGAUGAUUCCUAAGCAGCAGCACGUUGUCCAGACCAAGAACAUGGAGGAGAAGAGGCUGUGGGUUCACUAUCUUAAGAAACUCAUAGUGGAAAACCAUCCCAAUUCUCUUCCACAUAAGGCCAGACAGGUCCUCGGAGACAAUUCCUGCCAGUCUCCCCAGUUUGAGCAGGACCACCUGAAGAAGUUUUCUUCUCCUUCACCGCGACUGGACGACAUACACGUUUACCACAGAGGACGACGUCAAUCAGAACCGCCUGAACUCCUCACUUACACGCCGGAAAAAAGCAGGAAGAGUUUACCCAUGCUACUGGAGGGAAAUCUGCCUUACAGGCGCACCAGGAGACAGUCAGCUCCAGCAAAAGAGAUCGAAGCAGCUUUUCAACCUCACAGUGAGUAAAUACUCAAAAUUCCG